AUGGCCAUCAACUCCGCUGCAUGGCUCACCGAGGCCAAAGCUCGCCCCUUCCAGGUGAAGGAGGCGCCAAUCUAUACUCCCGAGGCCGGUGAAAUACUUGUCAAAAACCACGCUGUCGCUAUCAACCCCGUCGAUGGUAGUCUCCAGGCCAAGGCCUGGUGGCCCAUGAAUUAUCCGACCAUUCUGGGUCAGGACGUCGCGGGAGAAGUUGUCGCAGUUGGUCCCAAUGUCACCCGUUUCAAAAUCGGUGACCGUGUCGUUGGUCAUGCUGUUGGAAUAGCUACGAAACGCCUCCAGGACAAUGCUUUUCAGUCCCACACUAUCCUCCAGAUCAACAUGGCCAGCGAGCUCCCGGCCAGCGUCUCUUACGAGAACGCUGCUGUCCUUCCUUUGGCUCUGUCUACCGCUGCCUGUGGCCUUUUCCAAGACGAUUUCUUAAAACUCCAGCUCCCCACAGAGCCCCGCCGGUCUACUAGCCAAGCGCUCCUAAUCUGGGGUGGUGCAGGCAGUGUGGGAAGCAACGCUAUUCAGCUUGGAGUUGCGGCGGGAUACGAGGUAUUCACUACCGCGUCCCCUAAGAACUUUGAGUACGUCAAGAAGCUCGGUGCCAGUCAAGUCUUUGACUACAGUAGCAUUACUGUCGUUGAGGAUCUCACAAAGGCCCUUCAGGGUAAGGUUCUGGCCGGUGCUAUGGAUACGAUUGGUUUCGCCGCUACUCCUCCUACUGUUGAUGUUGUCAUCAAGUCUGAGGGCAGCAAGCUUGUCUCUACAGUUAAGGGUGGCUUCCAAGCUCCCGAGGGUGUGACUGUCAAGAGUGUCUUUGGUACUAGUCUGAAGGAUAACCACGUCGGUAAAGCUGUUUGGGAGAACUUCCUGCCCAGGGCUCUGGAGGCUGGUACAUAUAUUCCUGCACCUAGCCCGCUUCUAGCUGGAAAGGGUCUCGACAAAGUCCAGGAUGCUAUUGAUUUACAGGCCAAGGGCGCCUCUGCCAAGAAGGUGGUUGUUACCUUGUAA